AUGGGGGUUCGUGGGUUGUCGUCGUACGUCCGUAAUGAUCCCCGGAACUUUUCUCCUCUAAUCCUCCAUGACACGUAUAUUGUUGUGGACGGAUUCAACCUCAUCAACUACCUUUAUAUUAAUUCACCGUUAUACACCCAGUUUAAUGGAGAAUACUUGGCCUUUGAUGUAAUCGUGGAGAAUUUCAUCACAAACCUGCGAAAGUGUCGUGUAGAACCCAUUUUCGUUUUUGAUGGAGUCCACAACGUAAGCGCUUUCUGGUAAAUACUUGCCUCCGUCUUCCAACUUUGCUAGCUGUUCGAGAUCGAUCUCGAAUAUAGCGUAACUCGACGCAGCUAUCUGACUGGGAUCGCUGUACUAACGUCGGUUUUCUGCUUUUUAUGUCGCUCUGAUAAAUAAAUGCCUAGCUCUGUUUCUGCCGACGGGCACUUAAAACUCCCCGUUUGGUGCAAUAUAUGUUUAGAAAUAUGCGAUACGUGACUAUAGUCCCUGCGUUUCCUACUUAAUGUCUCGUAAUAUUGUACUUCACAGCAAAAAACUUGAAUUUUUCCGAUUUAUCUAUGUUGACUCGCUCUCUUGAGACGGACUAGGCGCUAACACUGUUGUGUUUGGUGAACCCAACAUAUUACUGUAUUGUUCUUAUUUAAUUUCUACAUGUCGCACUUAAUUCUGAGUGUGGUCUUCUUUUUCACCUUCUACUCCCAUCCGCUAAGUUCGGCAACGUAUUUUUGACACUUAUGGUCCCAUUUUUAACUGCCCUUCCGUUCUUUCCAUCGCACUGAACCAUAAUCUGCCAAUAAUCAGUUUUACGCCACACUGCACUUUCUUAAUCCAAAAGAGCAUAAAAGUCAAACACCUCCCAUAGAUAAUCGGCAAUACUGCCUGAGCGACUGAAAUGACCAUAUUAGGUAUAAAAUGUUAACUUUGCGCAUGCUAUAUACCAACUAAAGAAGUGACCUGACGGCUAGUUUUAAUAUGUUUUGCCAGCAUUCUCUUUGAGAGACUCCCAUCGGAUUUGAUUCCGCAGUUCCUAUUCUCUUGUAAAGAAAGUAUUUUAACAGGGGCCAAAGCCUUCCUACGUUAUACCAGUCCAGGUAGUAGUCGAAAGUUUGGAACGUGUUCCCGCUGUUUUCUUUGGGUAGGUGCUCCCGAAGCGUCGCGUCGCAAAUACUGUACCCAUUUUAAUCCGAGUUUAUUUCAGCCCUUACCUUCUAUUUUAGAUCUGUCUUAACUGGGUUUUUUUUCAGUGAACUCACUUGCUCAGAUUACAUGCUGUGCCUUUGGGGAUGUUUUGGUAUGUCCGUAUUCCUGGCAGAACUGCCGGUACCAAAGUAGACAUUAGCUCUAAGUUCCUACUAUAUUUUUAAUUUUCUUCGAACUCUAUUAGUUCUGUGUCGUGUCAGUACAUUUGAGAAUCGGGCAGCUCCAUAUAUGAACAAGAUAUGUUUAUGAUAUUACCGACAAACACAAGGGAGACUGGAAUAGCCAUUUCUGGCUUAUUGGCGUGGGACUUCUAACCAACAGGUCACGGGAUCAAGCCUCAGGUGUUCCACACUUCGGGGUUGGGCAGACUGGCUGACGACGCCUAAUAAGCCCGAAGUGGCCAUUUCAGUCUCCUUUGUCUUUGUCGGCAAUACAGUCCUGCCUAUAUCCUGCCUCGCUGUGCGGCUGCUGGUUGGGCUCGAGAGAGCCCUAAGGCACAACGGGGCGGGUGAGUUACGUAAAAACGAUGGAUGAAGGCCCCUCUACCAAUUCGUAUUUAUUUAUAUGGCUGUUAUAUAUGACUUCAGGAAAGUAGUUGUCUUAUUACGUCCGGGAAUACGAGUAUCCAAAUCCAUGUUUUCGUUGACUACUUUUCUGACGACCAUAGAAUGUGAACAGACAGUAGUCCAUUUGCCUUGGCGUUUGAAUUUGCCGAUGCGACUUUUGUGUUCCCUCGUUUUUUGCCUAGAACCCUGUCAGUCUAUAUGCUCAGUUGUUGCCUGGGUGCUUCUAUCUGGUCAUCGACCAGUGGAGUGGCAGACCAUACACCGGAUACUGUUCCGAAUUCUGUUUACCUGUUUCCUUCUAUUAAAAUAGAGUGUUUCGACCAAGUCGAUAUCGUGCUUGUCGUGCACUUCUUUUUUCGACUAUCUCUACAUAUUAUUGCCCUCUAUUUACAGACCUCUAAGUUAUCCACUCUCCUCAGACGGAACCGAGAUCGACUUGUUACUUGCUCACAACUUCAAAAGAAUGCUUCGUCCACCAAGGAUGGUACAUCUGCGGAUUACCGCAUCGCCAUGCAACCUCCUGAGACUUCACUUUGCUUCGUCGCCGCACUGGCGCGCUUGGAAGUCCGUCAGUUAACUACCGACCGGGAAGCCGAUCAGUUGGCUGCGUCUUUGGCCAUCCACCUUGGCUGCCCUGUUGUGAGCAAUGACUCCGACUUUCUCAUCCUCGGUCCCUACUGGCAGCCCGUCAGUGGGUUUUCCUACGUACCAAUAGAUUACUUCAAUUUCGAACCAUGUGCUUUCCCUAAUCCUGUUUGCAAUGCCUGCCUCCAGAAGUCGGAUUAUGGACCUGGUGGCCGUUCGCCUUGUUUUUAUCUCGAAGUCCAACAAUUCUCACCAGAAAGUAUACUUUUCAAAAACCUCUCCCCUCUGCAACGUCCGUUGUUUGCCGUUCUUUGUGGCAAUGACGUUAUUCCUCUCGGCUACUUUAAUAACCAUCUGCCGGGAGCACCGACUCAGCAGCAGGCUCGGCCUACUGGCCAAGCUGCAUCAAAAAUGGCCGUCCAAUCCCGCAACGCCGAUAAAUUUCGACGUCUGAUCGAGUGGUUAUCUGGUUUUGGCUCAGACGUUAAACAACCUGUCGAGCGCAUCCUCUCCAAAUUUCCCUUGGCCCAACGACCAGAAGCUUCCCGCUUACUGCUAACCGGUUUGCGUUCCUAUGCCAUUGACAGCGUAUCCAAUUCUCCCAUAUUAACAGGCUACUUGGACUACUUGUUCCCACCAUCUAAUGGUAAUCCAGUUAGCAUCAUAUCAUCUAACACUGGGCCUAAUGAAGUUAAUCGUCCAGUGCGCCCCCAAACCACUGUCUCUAGCAACCAGUCGGUUGGAGAUGCGGCACUUUCAGCACUGACAGAGGCAUCACAGGUACAAGAAGCCCCUCUGAUGUUUAACUGGCCGCAGUCUUUGGUCCACGCCUUCCGUAGACGCAAUUUCGCGCCGACUCUCUGUGAUUCCUUGUAUUCAAAUGGUUAUGUAUUGGGUCCUGUUGUUGAGGACUAUUUUAAUCGAGAGGCAUAUCACCUAUGUGCCAGCCCUAUCCGUCAUCUUAUCUACGGUCUUCUUCUACAACUGGAAGCCUCAGCAUCGCCCGGUUUGCCCUUGUCGCAUCUGCCAGGUCUCCAAGGUUCCCUUCAUCGACCCUAUGUUAGCGAAUAUACCCGAGUUCACGCUUCCAGACUUGAACACCGGCGCAUCGGGAUAACCUUCCUGAGUUUACAGUCAUCCACUUCAAACGCUGACCCACGCUAUACCUUCCUUUCCGAGAAUCUCGGUCUCCCUGGCAACCGCACGGACACUCCUUCCUGGAUGCAUGGUCUUAUCUGUCUCUACUUUCUGUGGAUGCGUUCUAAUAAACAGUCGGAAGCUUCUCUUAGCACUUCUUCCACUGGUCUAGCACUUACGCUUUGCUCCCUGGUCACGCUUAAACUACUGGCUACAUUAUCCAAUCGGUCGACGUUCGGCAAGAUGCGCAGCUCCUUUAAGCUCCAUAAUAAACUUGCUAAACACUAUGCUCACUGCGCGGCACUUAUUACAAGCAAAUAUUCGCGGACGAAACCCCUGCAGUUCCACUUUUUACAUGCAAUCGCUCAAACGCAGGCCAUCCACUACACUUUAGAUAGUCUUUCAGGCCUGCUGGACGCCAUGGCGGACUUACCAGGAGAGCCCAGACCCACUUGCAUCGAUCUCCCUCCGCCGCAGUUUUGUUUCCCUUCCGGCUACUUGGCGCAUCAGCUGGCGGCACAUUUUUCCCGUCUCUCGCCGGCUCUCCGCAUAAAGGAGGCCGUGGACUAUUGGAUUCCCUGCCUUCUUGGCCAGCGUUUGGCCGGUAGUGUGGGACCAGAAACUGGCUGUGCUAUACCCGAACCGACGCCCGAUUUUGUUUCUGAAGUGACAGAAGCCUACAAGUUCCUAGUAAGGACAGUUGAUGACAUGCUUGUAACCGCACCACCACUGCGAGAACCUGCAAUUCCAGCACAGCCGGCUGAAACCGAGACGAUCCACAGGCAUCAGAAAGCACCCAACUCACCACCGCGCCAAUGUCGGAGGGUCGCUCACCAUCGUGCGGUCGCAGCACCUUCACAUCCCUCGCCAGCAGAAGUAGAAGCACUGGUCACAAAGGCCAUGCGGGAGGCGGGCUUGACAGCCGAUUAG